CCGAGUACACAUCACAGAAGCAACACUAAAUCAUCUUGGGAAAGCUUAUGAGGUAGAAGAAGGAAAUGGGCACCUCAGGGAUCCAUACCUGGAAGCCAUGAAUAUCAAGACUUAUUUGGUGAUUGACCCGAGGUCAAAACAGCGUGCCACCAACAAUCAUCUUCCUCAAACCAGAGUGCAGGAUGGCUUGAAGAUGAGGGCCUCUGUCCGGAUGUCGCGAUUCUUGGAAUCUUGGGGGGCAGCACGGCCCUUUUCUCACCUCAACCACCGAGAGAGUGUGAGCAGCGAGACUUCUGCACCCAACCGCAGACGUAGGAAGGAGAUAGCACUGCAACUAGCGAGUCGUCAGAGAACUUCAGAGAGAAAUACCUCUCAGAAAGGAAGAAUGGAAGAAGAUAUCAAUGAUAAAAUGAUGUCCACCAUUGAGGGCUUGAGUUCAGCCAAACCAUGGUGUGGUCAAAAAGAUGAUUUCCGUGGACUGUGUGGGUUUCUGCUCUGUUUUGUAGAAACAGGACUUGAAAAAGAGUAUCGCACGAUCCCUAUUCCCAAACUCAGAGGCUAUUUUGUCUGUGCUAGCAUUGUUUUGCUAUGCAUGUUUUUAGUACAGAUAUGCAUUACACGAGGGUCACAAACAUUAGGAAUCUCAUUUGGGGUUGUAGCUAUCAUCAUGGGACUGAUUUUGGGUGUGUGUUUCGCAGAUGAUUGUUGGAGAUGCUGCGCGAAGCGGUGGCCACUAACACGCUACCUCUGCACGCUUUCUGAGAAAGUGGAGACGAUGCCAUCCGUCAGGCUCCCUCUGGCCAUCCUUGGCCUUGGCUCUCUGCUGAUCCUAGCUGUUUUCAACUUGCCAGUGAGCCCGCCAGGUGGACCACAUGACAACCCACUGGCAGGAAACAGUUCAGGAGUUGAAGAUGGAUCACUUAGUAUGACUAUGAUGUACCCGUAUUAUGCCUACUGCUGUCUCCUGGGUUUUAUUGCAUGCUCUGUGUUCCUUCGAAUGAGUUUUGAACUCAAGUUAAUGCUGCUCUCGGGAGCCAUCGUGGGGUAUUUCAUCAUAUUUAACAGCAAUCAGGCUCCGAACUACGACUUCAACUCUACCACCAGGCUUUUUAUAAACAAACCCAGAGAGAUGAUCAAUUUGUACCUGGCACUCUUUUAUAUAACUCUGGUCCUGUUGUCCAAGCAGGUAGACUAUUAUUGUCGGCUGGACUGCCUACAGAAAAACAAAUUUAAAAAGGAAAAUGAGUCGUUUGAAACCAUGGAGAAUGUAAACAGGCUAUUGCUUGAAAAUGUCCUCCCAGCUCACGUGGCUGCCCAUUUUAUUGGGGACAAAUUAAAUGAGGACUGGUAUCAUCAGUCUUAUGACUGCGUCUGUGUCAUGUUUGCCUCGGUCCCUGACUUCAAGGUAUUCUACACAGAGUGCGAUGUCAACAAGGAAGGGCUGGAAUGUCUUCGGCUCCUGAAUGAGAUCAUUGCUGAUUUUGAUGAGCUGCUGCUAAAGCCUAAAUUUAGUGGAGUUGAAAAAAUCAAAACUAUUGGGAGCACUUACAUGGCAGCAUCUGGACUCUGCGUUGUACCAGGUCAAGAGAAUAAUCUGGAUCAAGAAAAAUUGUGCGCUCAAAUUGGCAUCAUGGUGGAAUUUGCAAUGGCCUUGAUGACAAAACUAGAUGGCAUUAAUCGCCAUUCGUUCAACAAUUUCCGUCUCCGUGUUGGCAUAAAUCAUGGGCCGGUAGUAGCUGGUGUGAUUGGUGCUCGCAAGCCCCAGUAUGAUAUUUGGGGAAACACUGUCAAUGUUGCCAGCAGGAUGGAGACUACUGGAGAACUUGGGAAAAUCCAGGUUACAGAAGAGACAUGCAAAAUACUAGAGAGCUUGGGAUAUGCCUGCGAAUGCCGAGGACUGAUUAAUGUCAAGGGAAAGGGAGAAUUGGUUACUUACUUUGUCUGCACCGAUACAGCCAAAUCCCAAGUUUUUUGACUUGAACAAGAAGAUGCUGAGAAAUUGUGGUCAAAAUAUCCUGUUGGGCUUUGCUUUUAUUUUAAGCAACUUUCUUUCGGUGAGGCCUGAACAUGUUGUCUCCUUCCGUAAAGGAGUUUAUGCCAAAUGGCUGUCAGUGCUGGCAUUUUGCAUCUCAAGAGAAGAGCGCAAGAAGUUCUUGAAAGAUGUUUACAGUUGGGUCUGUCCCUCUAGCUGAUGCCAAUUUGUUUCCUGCCACAGAGGGCACGGGAUUCCUCUUCUGCAUGCCUUUCGUGGACUCGCAGCUAAGCAGAUUCCUUGGUUCAAUGCCCUGCUCCUGUCUCAUCCUUGCCUUUUCAUGUGGAUAGAUCUGAGGAGCGCUAUAGCACUGCCUUGAGCAAAAAGUGGAUUACAAUAGACAAGACUGGAGGCUGGUCAUGGGAGGUCUUUUUAUGUGGACCUGCUGUCUGCCCAUCAAGCAUGCGUUCUGCCAUUAAACGGUGGCUCCUCCUUUCAUCGUACGCCACAGGCCACCCUCAGACCUGCUGUGGGUCCCACAAAAUUGCACUUCCAGUUUUCUCCUCAACUAAAAUCUCAAGACACAAAAAAUACUUUUCUUGCAGUCAUCCUAUACUCCCACAGAAUAAAUUAGACCCGCCUGCUUUCAUCACUAUUUACCUCAUUUCUGUUCUAGAAGGAAUAGCAUAAGGGGGGACUUCCCCAGCUGAUGCAGAUUUAUUUUUCUGGAACUUACUUCUUGGGCUUGAGAGCAAACUUCUGCGGCUUAGGGUCUUAAAUGUUCUUUGGGUCGAAGGACUCUUGAGUAGCAUUUCCCCCCCUUCUGUUUGUCUUCGCAAGGUGCCGUUUUAUUUCCACAGCCAGUGCGGCCUAUCGUAAUAUGGAAAUUCCUGCAUUGUCGGUGUAAAAUUCAGGUUCUUUCUUAUUCAGCAACCCUACUUAUAUAAAUCAUGGUCAGUUUCUACUACAGCCCCACUACUAACAUAGGAUGAUGCAUGAUGGGUUGUGGUGCACAGAAGCUAUCAAGUCAUUUUCUUUUUUCUUUUUCUUCUUUUCUUUGUCCCUCUGUCAGAAACACCCUCAAAGUUUUGAGUGGUGUAGAGCAUUAUGGAUGACGUUCGUACCUCAUUGGCAGCUUCUGUUCAAACACUGCACAGUAAGUAAAACUGCCCAUAUAAUUUUAUCUUAAAUAGGUUUGCAACAACAAUGAACAAGAAGUCGGCCAGUUACCGUGUCUGUGCCAACCUUGUCUAUGCCUCUUCCUAUACCAAUUAUUAUUAUUCAUCUGUAUUCUUACUUCAAAGUAGGAUUCUGCUUUUUGUGUCUAAUAGGAAUUCUGAAAGAUCCUGUACAUUUUUAAAUAGGCUGUUUUAAGGUGUUACUAAUCUUUACCAUCAGCUGAAGAUAGGCAUUGACCCUGUGUGUAGCAACACAAACAAAAUUUAAGAGAACUGUGAUGCAUUUUAGGAUUCAGUCUGGAAAAUGUUCUUAUAGCACAAUAAGAAUGCUUAGUCAUGAAAUAAAAUUAUUGUCUGAAAGAGUCCCUAGCAAUGCUACGUUAUCUACAAAUUGCAGUUUCUUUUAGAUGGAACUAUGGAAUUAGAUACAAAACUGCAAAAAACAUUUGGUUCGGCACCUCUGAUGUUGCCCCAAAUUAGGGCAGCCAAUUGAACGGAAAUUACCUGCUUGUGCAUAAGCUCUAGAAAAUGCAGAAACAAACGACA